AUGGCAACUGGCCCGGCAUCUUUCCACGAUGAAGACUUCCGACCCUCGUCUCGCUUCACCUACCGUCACUUCCAGCUUCUGCGGUCCUUCUCAACCCGCACCCCCCUUCGAGUCAUAGCCCACAUCGAUCUCGAUGCCUUCUAUGCGCAAUGCGAAAUGAUACGACUGAAUACCCCGCGAGAUCAGCCUCUAGCUGUCCAACAAUGGCAGUCUCUGAUCGCGGUUAAUUAUGCUGCCCGCCCAUUUGGGGUCUCGAGAAUGAUCACAGCCGCAGAGGCAAGGAAGCUGUGUCCCCAGCUGCUAACGCCGCAUGUUGCGACUUUCCGGGAAGGAGAGGGGGAGCAUUGGGCAUACAGAGAAGGAGAUUAUUCUGUUCAAAAGGAUAAAGUCUCGUUAGAUCCAUACCGUGCGGAAUCGAGGAAGAUUCUAGCAGUUUUGAAGACAACACUGCUAACUUGGGCAGAAGGAGUAUACGAUGGGUGUCGCGGUCAGUUUUCUGAACCAUCAGACAUGGUACGGCUUGAAAAGGCGGGUAUCGAUGAAGUGUUUGUAGACCUCUCAGCUCUCGUGUUUGGGACGCUGUUGCACCGCUAUGAGAUACUCCGGCGGGCUGCUACUCUUGACGGGUCAAAAGAUGGUCCCAACACGUUUCUUCCUAGGCCUGAAACAACGGCGCUUAUAUGGGGAGAAGACGAUGAAUUAAUUGAUCUGGACACUGGUGAGUCUGAAGAGGAUGACCCAGAGUGGGAUGAUAUUGCCAUACAGGUUGGUGCAGAAAUUGUAAAAUUCGUUCGAACAGCAGUAUGGGACCAGCUCAAAUACACUUGUUCCGGCGGAAUUGCAAGGAACAAAAUGAUGGCUAAACUAGGAAGCGCGUGCAAUAAGCCAAACCGACAGACUAUUGUCCGCAACCGCGCUAUUCAACAGUUUUUGAGCGGAUACAAAUUUACCAAAAUCCGUUCAUUGGGAGGAAAGCUAGGGAAAAAAAUUUCGUCAGAAUUCGAAACAGACAAAAUUAGCGAUCUACUAACCAUCCCACUUGAUCGACUGAAGAACAAACUGGAUGACGACACUGGGAUGUGGCUCUACCAAAUCAUUCGUGGAGAGGACGACAGCGAAGUUACCCCACGAACGGAAAUCAAAUCCAUGAUAUCAGCUAAAUCGUUCAACCCCAAACUAGCUUCUCUGGACCAAGCAGAGAAGUGGAUGCGAAUAUUUGUCGCAGAAAUCUACGGGAGGUUGGUUGAUGAAGGCGUCCUGGAGAAUAAACGCCGUCCUAAAAUGAUUACAGUUCAUCAUUACGGCCCAAACCAGGACAAGUCUCGCCAGACACAUAUACCGACUGGAGGAGCCAUUGAUCAAGUUAUGCUCUUUGAGCUAGCAAAGAAUUUACUUCAGCAGGUGGUCAGCUGGCCCUGUUCUCAUUUAUCCCUUACUGUUAGCGGGUUUGAAAGCGGGAUCACAGGAAAUAAAAGCCUGGAUAGUUUCUUUAUCCGCGGGGCAGGUGAGACUCCGGUCUCACAACGCGACGGUAGCAUGCCGAAUGGCGGCUGCCAGCCGGAGCUCCCUGAUGAUAACUCGGCGCACCAAAGAAAGAAGCAAAAAGUCGGUGAGGUUCAUGGACAACCCCCAUCGAAAGGGGUUGGUUUCUUCUCAAGAUACAAAACUAGCACUAAACAAACGCUCGUUGAGCCUUUUCCUGAAAAUACGGGGGUAUCGCUAGCCAAUCUUGAAACGAAUCCAACGAAUCCAACUUUCCACUAUUCGACCCAGGACGUUUGUUCCCGUUGUGGAGAGACCGUGCCAGAGUUUAUGCAAUCGGAACAUAAUGAUUGGCAUUUGGCCAAAGACCUAGAAAGCCGGGAGCAACAGUCCCUGAACGCUGCUCGGGCGCGCGGUAAGGGGAAGACAAGACAAACGAGGUUGGCCUUUGGCUAAUUUUGUUGCUUUUGCUAGCCGUGACGCGGUUUUCUUUUGAAUCAUGCAAUUAGCCAGCGCUUGUACGAUAUAAUGUGAUAUGCUUCUUGUCUUCUGUUGCGUUUGGUACAAAGCCCACCGCUCCAUCUAUAUGAGUCUAGAUGUCCUGCCUUCUUAAUAGGGGGUAUAUGCUUCCCAUUAAGUAGACGCAAACUCAUUUUCUGUCGGGCGUAGCCGUUUGUUCCCCUUUCAUCCCAUCUUCAAGACAGGAAGGCAAGAUUCUUCAUAAAGCGCAACUACGUCAUGCUUUGGAACUCCACACUUGGUUGCAUGGAUGCUUUUUUUCAUCCUUCACGAACUAACUAGCUAGUUAUCCUUGCUCUUUACCGAUGUCCAGCACUUGGAUACGGGGUGUGACAUCAUCGCUUUUUCAACUUUCAGCAUCAGCAACAUGAUAAGUUGCCUCUUCAUAUAUAUGGGUUAUCACAGAGGUUCUUGCUUGAUGUAUUCUGGGGGAAAGCCUUUUUACCUCAUGGUCUCCUUUAUAGCCUUUUUCCGUCAUUUUCUAGGCCUCUUCUUCAAUCUGCCUCCGGUAGCCUCGGAUAUAGAUCUAUGUAUCCGGUGGCGACUCCAAUCGGCAAUAUUCUAUUCACUGAAAUUAUUUUGGGCAAACAAUUUGCUUAGGUCGGGCUGCGAAACCCAUUGCUGUGCU